UGUUGCCGAAAACGCACUACCGACUCCAGGCUCCUCGGUGAAAUAGGUGUCAGGGGUCGAAGGUAACCCAAUUUGUUUGUACUGCACUAGGAGAUUGGUGUGCGCUUUAGUACCGCCGCGUCGCUUGCGAAGGUAAUUUUGAUGGCAGAUUUGCUGGAGCAACCACCGGAGGUGCUGCAGCAGCAGCAGCAGCAGCAGCAGCAGGAGGCGGGGAAGGAGCGGGAGGUGGGCGUGGAAGUGGACAUGGCGGCGCCCGUGACGGCGUGGGACAUCGAGCGCGCGGGAGGGCUGGGCGCGCGGGACGACAUCGCGUCGCCGCUGCCGGUGGCCAUGGACGCCACGGACCUGGAGGAAGCCAUCAACGCCGAGCUCUACCCUGAGCUCGCAGAGAGCGAGGAGGAGGCUCGCAUGGGCGGCGCAGCAGAGCCGCUGGGAGGAGCCCCCCUGGGAGGCUCGUUUGACCCUGUUGCUGCGGCUGACCCUGAGGAGGCGAGGCGGCAGCUGGAGAGCAGAUUCGUGCAUGCAGGGCAGGGGCGAGGGCAGGGAGGCGAGGGAGGAGGAGAGGGGUGAUGAUUGUUACCGGGCCAGUUAGGUUGGCCCUUGGCAUCAUUGCAGCAGCAGCAACAUCCUAGUUGUGCAGGCUGCAUUGUUCGCCGAUAUGAAUCAGCAGCAUUUCCAUUGCGACACUCACAUUAGCUUGCUACGGUAACGAGCUGCUCUCUAGUGAGCCUGGAUACCAUGUCUAUUCCCUCCCUAGCCUCAAAUCUCGGCCUGGAUACAGGUCAUAUGCCUUGUAGGCGACUUCCUUUUACGCCCGGGAGUAUCUCAUAGGCAUUUUAUCCUUAAGGACCUCUCCUUGUAAGCAAAGUGUACCCGUGUCAUGUGAACAGUUCUCAUUACAGUCAAUCGGCA